AGGCUGUGAGCUAGUCGCGGUGGGCGUGGUUAACGGAUUCAGAUCGGACGAGCUUUUCUGCAGCCAACGUCAACACAAACCAACGAACACGGACUCUAUUUCUGCUGUUAUUUAAUAAACAUACGUUGCAUUUUGCUGCGCGUCUCCUAAACUGAAGGGAUUCCAGUGAGGGAAGGAGACAUGUCCCAGGACAAGCCAGCCUACCCUAUAAUGGGGGAGAACAAUCCUCUUCACAACAGUGUCUAUGGGCCUCCCAAAACCGAUGCCUUUGGAAUGCCUCCGCCCAACUAUAGCCAGGGUCCAGGAGCUCCUCCAUAUGCGGCACCAGUACCCUAUGGCCAGCCCGGUUACGGCCAACCUCCAGCACCAGGGUUCGGCCCUGGUCCGUACCCACAGAUGCCAUAUCCACAGAUGCCGUACCCACAGGGGCCCUGUGCUCAGGGGCCAUACCCUCAGAGUCCAUACCAGCAGGGGCCUGGCCAGCCUGCCUUUGGUGUAGAUCCUAAUGCUUCUAUGGACAGCCCUGGAUACCACGGUGGAGAUGGACCCCCUUCUUACUAUGGCAAUGAUGAGUUUGCGAACUCUGGCUGGGAAGAUAAGAGCAUCCGACAGGCCUUUAUUAGAAAGGUGUUUAUGGUCUUGACCGUGCAGCUGAUGGUCACCUUCUCUUUUGUUGCCGUUUUUACCUUUGCAAAUGACGUCAAAGUGUUUGUACGGAGAAAUCAGUGGACAUACUAUGUGUCCUAUGCUGUCUUCUUUGUUUCACUGAUCGUUCUCAGCUGCUGUGGAGAGUUUCGGCGCAAACACCCAUGGAACCUGGUGGCACUGUCCAUCCUGACCCUGAGUCUGUCCUAUAUGGUUGGAAUGGUCGCCAGCUACUAUGAUACAGAUGCAGUUAUCAUGGCAGUGGGCAUCACUGCGGUGGUCUGCUUCACAGUUGUGAUUUUCUCACUGCAGAGCAAAUACGACUUCACUUCCUGCUGGGGUGUUCUUUUUGUCUGUCUGAUUGUCCUUCUCCUGGCCUCUUUCCUCUGCAUCUUCAUCCAAAACAAAAUUCUCCACAUCGUCUAUGCCUCGCUUGGGGCCCUGCUGUUCACUUGUUUCCUGGCUGUGGACACCCAGCUUCUCCUGGGCAACAAGAAGUUGGCCAUUAGCCCAGAGGAGUAUGUCUAUGCAGCUCUUAACCUCUAUACCGACAUCAUCAACAUCUUCCUUUACAUCCUGGCCAUUGUGGGUCGCACCAGGGAUUGAGUGUGCCCCCUUCCUGUAAGAAGAGGAAAGUGCAGACCACAUUUCACAGAAUGAUGUACCACCUCACAUUUCUUCACCUUUCCUCAUAUUCUGAAUUUAUUUGCCUUUCAAAUUCCCUGUAUGUCAACAUGUAAAGGCUGAUCAGG